CCUCACUCCAUCAGGAAUCAUUCACACCAGCUUUACCAACCACCUCAAUGCUAUUUAUAACACAAAACCAGAGAACUUGGAAUGAAAAAAACUUAAAUAUGGCAUGUAAGGUUGUCAGGUUGUUCCUCUUGAUCAAUCUCCUGCUGCAAAUACCAAAAACAAGUGCAGUAGUCCCUGCGAUCAUAGUGUUUGGGGAUUCCACAGUGGAUCCAGGGAACAACAACCAGAUAUCUACGGUCCUGAAGAGCAACUUCGCGCCAUAUGGCCGGGAUUUUCUUGGUGGCAAGCCAACAGGACGUUUUUCCAAUGGCAGGAUUGCGACAGACUUCAUUUCUGAAGCCUUUGGGAUCAAGCCAGACAUACCUGCCUAUCUGGAUCCCAAGUAUGACAUAAAAGAUUUCGCUACUGGGGUUUCCUUUGCUUCAGCCGGAACUGGUUAUGACAAUGCUACUUCUGAUGUGCUAUCUGUCAUACCUUUCUGGAAGGAAAUAGAGUACUACAAAGAAUUUCAGAAAAAGCUAAGAGGCUAUCUAGGCGAUGACAUAGCUAAUCAUCAUUUGAGUGAAUCACUGCACCUGAUAAGCAUAGGAACUAAUGACUUCCUAGAGAACUACUACAUUUUUCCAACCAGAUCUUCAAAGUAUUCUGUUGAUGAGUAUCAGAAUUUUCUGAUAAGAAUCGCCAGCAAUUUCAUCAGAGAACUGUACAACCUGGGAGCUCGGAAGAUAGCAAUCGGUGGUCUUCCUCCGAUGGGAUGUUUACCCUUGGAAAGAACAACGAAUAUCUUCUUUGGAAGUGAAUGUAUCGGGGCGUAUAACAAUGUUGCUAUAGAUUUCAAUAAAAAGUUGCAGGGUAGAGUCAUGGGGCUGAAACAGGAGCUCAGAGGAGUCCAACUCGUGCAGACGAACGCCUAUGAUAAGCUCUUAGAAAUGAUCCAGAAUCCAAGUCAAUUUGGAUUUGAAAAUGCAGAAACAGCAUGCUGUGGGACGGGAUUGUUCGAGAUGAGUUACCUGUGUGAUAAAAUGAACCCCUUUACAUGUUCAGAUGCCAAUAAAUAUAUAUUCUGGGACUCCUUCCACCCAACAGAGAAAACAAAUGCUAUUUUGGCUGAUCAUGUGGUCAGAAAUGCCCUAGCUGAGUUCCGAUGAUUACUGAAAGUAGAAGCAAGAAGCACUGCUUCCUUGUUGUCGACGACAUUGUAUUAUUUCAGUUGUUAUUAUUGCCAUUUCAUGUGCAUUCCAUGUAGAAAAAAUAUAUAUAUAUAUAUAAAAGUAAAACAGACAAAAGCAUAUUA